AUGAGCAGUCAACGUUUUCAAUCCUUCUAUGCAUUCGACAAGGAGCGUAAAAAUGGUUGGAAAUGCCCCGAAUGCAUAAGUAAGCAACCCAAAAGGGGUAAUAUUAAUACGCCUGUUCGGCCAAAUACACAGAUUAAUAAUGAUGAACUUUCUACAUCUGGGGACAGUCCUGAACAAUGCAACCAAAAUGUCACGCUACGUACAAAGGGAACUAAGUUGAAUGAGUCCGCUAAAGAGGAAAUGCUGGGAUUUGAACCGGGCAAUUUCGAUACUUCUGAUACUGAUUUUAAGCGAUUGGUUGUAGAAGAAUUAAGAGCCAUACGAUUAGCCGUGACAACUCUUACCGAAAGGAUCGAAACCCAAAAUUCGAGAUUGGAUCUCUUAGAAUCGAGAAUGAACUCUUAUGAGACUAACAUUAGUGAGCAUAAAAGUGACCAGAUUUUUGAAUUGGAGAAGACAAUAUCUCACUUAAAACAAGAAAUAUUGGAACGUGAUCAGAACUUGUUAUUGUGUGAUGUUGAGAUCUCCAAUUUGCCAGAAACAAAUAAUGAAAAUACCACUCAUAUUUUCCUGACAGUUGCCAAUAAGCUUGGCAUACAAUUGGAGGAACGAGAUGUCGUAAGUGUUGAACGUGCUGGGCCGGUGCGUUCAUUUGUUGAGGGUGCUGUUCCGCCGCGACCUCGACCACUGGUCGUGCGGUUGAUCCGACGUGCUCUACGAGACUCUCUGCUACAGGCUGCACGCGUGCGUCGUCGCCUCACCACCGAUGGUCUGCCUAUAUCGGGCGGUGUUCGCCCUUUUUAUGUAAACGAGCGACUUACUGGAGCGAAUAGGCAGUUGUUCCAGGAAGCGCGCGUUUCCGCCAAGCGCCAAAAUUGGAAAUAUGUCUGGACAAGGGAUGGUAAAAUUUUCACGAGACGGGAGCAGGGGGCAAGCUGUCAUAGACUUCGUUCACAGUCUGACAUAGCAAAGGUAGUAGCAACUUUGGCCAUCCUUAGUUCAUGUCUUGCUGUGGAACAUGCCUACUCAUCACAGAGUAUUGUACGUCACGACACACAUGAGCAGAAGCAACCUACCAAAGUGGAGAAACAUAUUAUUCCUGUAGUAAGCAAGAUCGUGCCUGUAGCUCACUACGUUCAGGAGAGUCACGCUCAUGAAGAAAACCCCCACAAGCCCGCCGUCUCCACCUUACAUAUCGAGAGACACGAUGUGCCCGCUCACCCUCCCGCUGAUUGGCACAAAUAUAAUGACGGCCCUGCCAAGUACGAGUUCGAGUACAAGGUGCACGACCCCCACACCGGCGACUACAAGCAGCAGCACGAGGCCCGCGACGGGCACGUGGUGAAGGGAGAGUACAGCCUGCACGAGCACGACGGCACCGUGCGCACCGUCAAGUAUUACGCUGACAAGAAAACUGGAUUCAACGCUGAAGUGAAGCAUACCACAAAACAUAUCGAAGAACAGAAACAUCAUUAA